ACAAAACAAUAAUGCACCAUGUAAACCUCAACACCGUCGCAAUACGAAAAUAAUAGCGUCGACUCGUCGCAAAAAAAAAAAAAAAAAAAGCUCCGAUGUCGAAUACCACUGCCGCUGCUCCUGCUCCCACAACGACAGCAUCAUCGCCGCCACCUCCCGCAGCGACAGCUUCUCCUCCGCCACCUCAGCGGUCACCACCGCCCCCGACAGAGAAGCCAAAGCAGUCGCCUCCACCGGUGGCGACAAAGCAACCGCCCACGAAAUCGCCAGCUUCGGGCAGGACACCCCCGCCGCCACUUCUAGACCCCAACGCCCAACCGUUCGUGUCGCCGCCUGCUCCUCCGGCCGAUGUCCUCGCGGCUGCGCCGCGGCGGCCGCGGCCGCUCGGCCCGCCGCCGCGUCGGGAGAAUGGAGGCGAUAAGGGAGGAAGGUCGCAAGGGAAUAAUAAUAAUAAUAAUAACGUGGUCGCUAUUGCUGUUGGUGUCGUUGUGGGAGUAGCGGCGAUCCUUUUCAUCGCCUUGGUCUUGUAUUUUUGCUUCUGUAGAAAGAGGAAGCGGAAAGAUGAGCUUGCUUACUAUUCCUCCGCACCUCCUCCUCACAAAGGUGGCGGUUACUACAUUGCUUCGCCUAAUCCGGGUAUGAUGGCCGGGUACUACGCCGCCUCCCCUCCACCACAAACUUGGCAAGCAGGCAACAAGAACGACAAGAAACACGGACCGGACCACGGACAACAACAAUACAUGAUGUCCCCGCCGCCCACCGGCGGCGGCAACCGCUGGCAGCAAUCCCAAACACCACAGCAACAACCGCCACCCACCCGCCAGCAGGGCGCCACGUCAUCGAGCGGCGAGUACAGCUCGUCCUUCUCCGCGGGCCCGCCCGCCCCGCCGCCGCCGCACCCGGGGCUGUCCCUGGGGCUCCACAACAGCAGCACGUUCAGCUACGAGGAGCUGCAGGCUGCGACCGACGGGUUCGCCCAGUCGAACCUGCUCGGCCAGGGCGGGUUCGGUUACGUCCACAAGGGUGUGCUGACCAGCGGGAAGGAAGUGGCGGUGAAGAGCUUGAAAGCCGGGAGCGGGCAAGGGGACAGGGAGUUUCAGGCCGAGGUUGAGAUCAUUACUCGGGUUCACCACCGCCAUCUCGUGACGCUGGUGGGUUAUAGCAUUGCUAGAGACCAGAAGUUGUUGGUUUACGAGUUCGUGCCCAACUCCACGCUCGAGUUUCACCUUCACGGUAAGAACCGGCCCACGAUGGACUGGGCCACCCGUCUGAAGAUCGCUAUUGGAUCCGCCAAGGGACUGGCCUACUUGCACGAGGACUGCCACCCACGUAUUAUCCAUCGAGACAUCAAAGCUGCAAAUAUUCUACUCGAAUACAAUUUUGAGGCUAAGGUGGCGGAUUUUGGGUUGGCUAAGUUGUCACAGGACAAUCAUACUCAUGUAUCAACUCGUGUGAUGGGGACUUUCGGGUAUCUGGCUCCAGAGUAUGCAUCAAGCGGGAAGCUUACCGAAAAAUCCGAUGUCUUCUCGUUUGGUGUUGUACUGCUUGAGCUCAUUACGGGUCGUCCGCCUCUAGAUCUUCAAUCCAACAUGGAUGAAUCCUUAGUGGAUUGGGCUAGGCCUCGAUGCUCGAAAGCAUUGGAAGACGGGAACUGCCAGGAAUUAGCUGAUCCACGUCUCGAAGGCAAUUACAAUCCUCAAGAGAUGAGUCACAUGGUAGCUUGUGCUGCUAAUGCAAUCAGACACUCUUCCAAAAAGCGCCCCAAAAUGAGCCAGAUUGUUCGGACAUUGGAAGGGGAUGCAUCAUUGGAGCACUUGUGUGAUGGAGGAGUGAAGCCAGGGCAAAGCUCAUACUUUGGACAAGCAUCUUCUGAUAACUUAGAGUAUGAUCAGAGCUCAUAUAGUGCAGAUAUGAAGAAAUUUAGAAAGGCAGUAUUGGAGGACCAAAGCAGUGAAUAUGAUUAGGCUAGCGAAUAUAUGGGACUUAACCCUUCUGCUUCGAGCAAUGAAGAGCGAUGUCCAAAAAGCACUAGGUUAGAACAAUAUUAGCUUUAUUUUCUUUGAUUACAUUUUUCUUCUUUACUUGAAUUUGGAUAGGGAGUUUUGAACAACAGAGCAGAGUCAUCACCAGUUGCAUAUGGGUUUCAACUUUUUUUGGGGGGAAAUAUCAUAAAAUAGCAGAGAAAUUGACACAUAAAUGCAUAUUUUGGCACGAUUGCUGGAUUCUUAGAUUAUUAAUAAUAAUAAUAACAAGUAGCUUUCGAUCAG